AUGGCUACUGCAAAUAUUCUAGUACCGUCAACUACGGGCACACUCACGGUUUGGGGCGGGACGAAGGAUGGAAAAGACGGCUACAUCGAUUACGAGACUGUCACCUCGAAUCUGAUCCCUCCUGCUACCAUUGAAAUUACAGCGCAUGACAUCAGACACUUCAACCAGAAGCCGAGCUACAAGGACAAUGGAUACGAACUGGUGAAUGCUCCUACGAGCAUUACCACUGAGCAGUUUCUUGGCAGCAGCACACCCGAAGGCAAGGAAUUUAUCGAUGAUGCCUAUUACAAGGAAUGCACCGACCUUGUGAGGCGCAUAACAGGCUCCACCACGGUGUUUCCUAUUUCCUUCCGCAUCAGGCAAGACAAAGCACCACGGGAGGAGGAGGUUGACCGUGCCAGGAUCAAGCUGCACGCCGGCUCGGCCGGCAGUCACGGUCCACGGCCAGUGGCUCACGUCGACCGCGAUCCUAGCACGGCCACGACCAUGCUGAGAGAUCUGUUUGGCGAUCAGAAGGCGGCAGAGAUGAUGAAGGAGCACAAUCGCUGGGCCCAAGUCAACGUGUGGCGACCAAUCGAGAAUGUCGUGCAGAAGUGGCCGCUCGCAUUCAUGAACCACGAUCGCAUCCCGGACUGGGACUACGACAAGUUCACUGGGCGCAUCUAUAACCGGAACGACCCCCGCGUCGAGCACCGCGGCGAGAAGGCAUACGAUUGUCUCGUCAAGAAUGACCCCCGGUAUAUGUUCCACUAUGCUAGCAACAUGACUCCGAGUGAGGCUCUGGUCUUCUCGUCCUUCGAUACCGAUGUGCGCUUUGUGAUUCCGCACAGCGCCUUCUGGGACGACAAUACCCCGCAAGGUGCACUGCCACGGAAGUCCAUCGAGGUUCGCACACUGGUGUUCUGGUGA